AUAAAGUUUUAUACAAAAUUGAAAAUUAGAUGUCAAUUUUAGAAGGAUUUAACAAAUUCUCCAUGUGAAAAUUAACACUCCAAGAAAAGAUAAAAAUAUGUGUACUUUUUUUAAUUAUAGUCAUGUUAUUUUAUCAAUUAUAAUAUGCAUUCGUAAAUAAUUUAACGUCAUUCAUAGGUUUUAUAGAAUUCAUGGAUAAUUAAAAUGUAUAAUUGUUGAUUUUUCUAGAUGGCGAAGAGCAAGAAGAAGGAGCGUAGACCCCCACCUCCCACUCCUCCAAACAAGAAAGAGUUGCGUAACUUUCUUCGUGAUAUGGAGGGUGAGUCUGGGUCUGGAGGUGACAAUGUGGAUUGUGGUGAAGAUGUGGAUAAUAUUCCGAUCAUGACUGAGGAGGAUUUCACCCCUUGCACCAACACUGGUGAUGUGACUGUGGAAGAUGAUGAUGGUUCUGAAUCCCAGACUCCUUCUCUUGAUGAGGACAGGAUUGAGCAAGAACUCUUCAAAAGACCACUCUUUACUGAUGGGCUUACCAACAAAGUGGCCUCCAAAUUUACUUUGGAGGAGGACCCUGAUGACAAACUGGCUUAUAAAAAGCCAAACUUUUGUAGGGUGCUUAUCCACAUCGAUCUAUCAAAACCACCCCCCUCUUCUGUGAAGGUCAACUUUGUGGGAGGCAGCUAUAUGCAAUAUGUGGAAUAUGAAGACCUGCCCCUCUACUGUUACCACUGUGAGAAGUUUGGACACAUCCCCUUUGAUUGCUUUGAUCUCCAUGAACUGCAGAGAAAGAAAAAUGCUGAGGAACAAAGAGCAAUGGACAAAGCUAGAGUUGAAGUCAUGAAAUCUUCUCUCUUGGCUGAUAAUGACACUAAAAAGGAGAAGCCUAAACAGAACCAAAAAGGGAAGGAGGUUCAGGAAAGUACUAAAGGUGGGGAGAAACCAGCUGACCCCAAUGAACCCUCACCCUCCUUCUCUAAAAAGGAUGACAAUGAUGGUUUCACACUUGUGGGAAAAGGCAUAGGAUCUCUCACUACACAUCCUCUAAAGGAAGCAAACUUCAACAAUGUUAACAGACAGCCACAAUUCAUAAGGGAAACUAGAAGCAGUGGACGUGGACACAACCAUGGUUAUAGGGGGGGUACAAACAGAGGCUCUGAGGAAUAUCCCGUGGGAUCCUCCGGCGGAAGUGCAGGGGUUUUGCUGGGGUGGGAAAUUGCAUGGGAGUGGCAGGGGUUUCAUGGGGAGGGUUUUGGGAAGGGAUUUGCAUGGUUUAGACUCUGCAGAAAACUGAAGUUGCUGAAGCAGCCCCUCAAACAGCUGAAUAAAAAGGACUUUGCACAUAUCUCUUCCAGAGCUGAGGAGGCUAGAAAGACUUAUACUGAACUCAUGGAUAAGUUAUACAAGGACCCUGAUAAUUUGGAAUUACUCCACCUAGUUGCUACUACCAGGAAGAAAGCUUCAUUCUACUCUGAUGUAGAAAGAUCCUUUUUUCAGCAAAAGGAUGCUAUUGACUUGGUCAGGAAUGUGGACAGAACUGAAGUUAAAGAAGCCCUCUUUACCAUUGGUGAUGAUAAGGCUCCAGGUCCUGAUGCUGUUGGUGAUACUAUUGUUGAUGCUGUUUCUGAGUUCUUUUUGAGUGGGAGACUCCUUAAACAUAUUAAUCAUGCCUUGGUUGUCCUCAUUCCUAAGAAUAUUGCCUCUAACAAGGAAACCCUUUGGGUGCAAUGGGUUCAUUCUGUUUACCUUGAUGGCAAUGACUUUUGGACAUGGGGCCCUGGGAAAAAGGACUCUCAUUUUUUCAAGAAACUGGUUGAAAUCAGAGACUUGUUGCUACUCAAGUGUGGGGACAGAUGGGAACUUGAAAACCAGCUUUGUGAAUUGGGUGAUAUAUCAGCUGCCAAGGUAUAUGAUUUACUUAGAACCAGGGCAGUGAUGAGGUCCUGGAUGCAGGCAAUUUGGAAACCUUACAUCCCACCCAGAUAUUUCUUCUGUGCUUGGUUGAUCUUUCGUAACAGAAUUCCUACCAAAACUAGCCUUCAUUUCAUUGCCAUGGAGAACAAAACAUGUGAACUUUGCCACAAGGAGGAGGAAACUGCCCAGCAUCUUUUCUUAAUCUGUGAAGCCUCCACACUCAUCUGGAAUGCUGUCAGAUCAUGGCUUGAGAUUGCACCUGCCUUGUCUACUCUGGACAGAGCCCUUACUUGGCUAAGGAGGCUGAGGAAUAACCACUGCUCUAGGAGGAAGAUGAUAAGGCUGACUAUUCUUAGCAUAGCCUACCACAUUUGGAGACUUAGGAAUGAUUAUACCCCAAUGGUGUUUAAUUUGGCCCCCCCUCCUUGGAGCUUACUGUUUGGACACUUCCUGGAAGCUGUUUGUGAUCUUUGUGCUGGCCCCUCCCUUUCCUUGUUGAGGAUUGGUUGGGACUAUUACCUUGGUUGGAGCUUGGACACAGGAAUAACACUAGGGACCCUUUGGGUAACUGGUGUUAUCCCUAAGUCCAGAUCUUUGGGGCUGGAAACAUUCCAAAUGUUAGAAACCCUUCCUGGAGGGUCUCUAACCCUUGUUAUGGGUCCUUGGGGUGGUGGGUUGCUUGGUUCUGCCUUUGUUUUGAGAACCCUCUCCUCAGGGUGGAGUGCCAUCACCUACUGCCUGAGUGGACUCCACCUUAUCUCAUUUGUGUGAGACAGGUUUUGAUAAUGCCAAACCGCCGUGAUCAAGUCAAACUUUGAAUAUACAAGGCGAAGAAGGAAGACAAGAACAAGAGCUAAAAGAAGACCAAGAACGAAGACCUUAGUUUUAGUGUCGUGAGUCGGUCUUCAUUGUGAUCAAGACCGACCCAAUCUCUACACCUUGGCUCUUUAGGCUAAAAUCUUUCAUUGCAUUUCUUAAAUCAUAAAAAUGUUUUUUUAAACAUGUCUAAGUCAUUAAAAACACUUGGUGUUCGCCUAAACAAAAAACCAAGCCACCCAGCGUUCGGUUUUUCAAAAACCGGCGUUCGGCUCUCGGUUAUCGGCUAUGGUUUUUGGCAUCCGAACCAACCAAGUGGUUUUCAACUUUUUAUGAUUGGUUUUCACUCUUUGGCAUGUUUAAACGGUCCUCCAACAAAAACACCUUGAAAACCAUCUUUCGCUUUUGGUCGUUUGACAAAAAUCAUUCAAAACGGCAUAAACUUGGCUAGCCGUGGUUUUCACUCAAAUGACGUGGUUUUUAAAGUGUCUUACUUG